AAACUGCACAGAGUAAGCCCCUAUUUCUUUCUCCUUAAGGUUUCCGAUCUUUUAAGCCUGUGAAAAGUUAAGUUUAAAUACACUAGAAAGCGAGAUAGAAAAAGGGCUGGAUCUCUUCAUCUUCUUGAUAAAACUGCAUCUGGAAUUUGGUUCAUCCGGCUAAGGCAUAGAAUCAACAGGUUCUUUAUUUGCUGAAGAGAAAGAUUGCAGUAGUAUCUUGAAGUUGUAUUGUUGAAAGACUUAACUGUAGGUGUCAUACAUCAAAAUACAGAACAAGGUGAAUCAUCCUUUGUAGGACAUACAAGUUGCUAGUGGUAGCGAAUAUGGCGACUAUAAGUGAUGUGGCCACAGCAAUCUCCCUGAUUGGUAAAGUAAUAAAGGCAGCUACUGAUGCACAAAUGAUGAAGAAGGAAUUUAAGGAGUUAGCAGGCUACUUAGAAUUGAUAAGAGGACAGUUGGAGAUGCUCGAUGACAGGGAGCUUGGUGAUGCUUCCAUGCAAACAUUUCAGAAGAUGGAAGAGGUUUUGCUCCAGUGUCAUGAUCUCGCUGAUAGCUGCCAGCAACGAAGUUCUAUCUAUCUUAUGGUCAAUGGUAAGCGGAUUCAGAAUGAACUCAGAGGGGCACAAGAAAAAAUAACAAAAUAUUUGACGCUUAUUCCACUCAUCCAUUUCACACAAGUUUUUAGGCGGGUUAAGGAAGGAGAUAUAAAAAUAAAUGAGAAUUUGCAGGAACAGGCUAGCGAUGAAUCAGACAUUUCAGAAAGAAUUACCGAAUUUACAGACAAUAGGUUUCAAAGUAAUGCUCACUUGUUCACAUAUGAACAAAGGACAGCCCGAUGCUCAAAGUUUCCAUCAAUACAGGGUCUCAGGGAAGGAUCUAUUGUACACAAUCUUUUCUUGCAUUGCAAGAGGUUGUUUACAAGAUUCGAACACGUGACCUCCAGGUCACACGACAACAAUUUUGCCGUUAUGCCAAAGCUCUCCUUUACCUAUAAACAAAUAGUAAAAAUGACACACAACUUUGAGACAAUCAUUGGCAAAGGAGGAUUCGGAACAGUCUAUUAUGGACUUUUGGAAGAUGGCACUAAUGUUGCAAUCAAGUUACAGAGACACUCAUCACAACAGAGUGACAUGGAGUUCUUCGCCGAGUUGAGGAGCCUAACACAAGUUCACCACAAGAAUCUAAUUUCUUUAAUUGGCUACUGCAUGGAUGGAAGCAACCUUGCUAUUGUCUAUGAGUACAUGCCUCGAGGAGACCUUCAAGACCAUCUGAGAGGUAAAUCUGGGUUUCCUGUGUUGACAUGGGAGCAGAGGCUCCAAAUUGCAUACCAAGCUGCACAAGGAUUGGAUUAUCUGCAUGUGGGAUGCAACCCGCAAAUAGUUCAUAGGGAUGUGAAGAGCUCAAACAUUCUCUUGGGCGCAGAUUUAGAGGCUAAAAUAACAGAUUUCGGAAUUUCCAAGGCUUGGAAUGAGAAUGCCACUUAUACAAGAGUGGUUGGAACAUUAGGGUAUAUUGAUCCAGAGUAUUUAGUAACUGGCCGCAUCAGUAAAGCAAGUGAUGUUUAUGGCUUUGGGAUAAUCCUUCUGGAAAUGAUUUCUGGCCAACUUCCAAUAGUUCAUGGAGAAGAGCAACAUCACAUUGUCAGAUGGAUAUCUCAGAGAAUUGCCAGUGAAGCAAAUUUUGUUGAUACAAGUAUGAACGAAUGCUAUGACCCUAGCUCUGUGCGGAAGGUUCUUCAGCUAGCAUUGAGUUGCACAGACUUAUCAGCUAGUAGGAGACCUCGAAUGGCUGAAGUAGCAAUCCAACUUAAAGAGAUCAUUGAAAUGAAGCCCUUGGAUGAUAUGGAAAAUGAAGAAGUGGAAGAAGCAUUUUUAACCUCAAUUGCUCAAGCUGAUCGCCCUUUAUGCAUGCAUCAACUGUCGGCCAACUUGUUCACAUCAUGGACAGAAAAUACCCCUAGUAGAAGGUUUUGGCGAUGCAAAAGAUGGAAAAUGGCUGGCGAUUGUGGCUAUUUCAAAUGGCAUGACCCUGUGCAGGAAAGUGUCACAAUAGAACAAAUGGAUUUCGUAAUCCACCAAAGGGAUGAGCUAGAUGAGGAGAUAAAGAUGAUGGAUUGCAAGUUGAAAGAUUUGGAAGAAAAAAUUGCUGAAUGUAAAAGGAGUAAGGAGGCUCUAGAAAUGAAGUCAGAGAGCAUGGACACAUUUGACGAGUGUAUGUAAGUUUCAUUAAGCAAGAUGUUCUUAGGGUUCUCUCUUAGACAUCUAAGGGAGUUGUUUGCUGAUGUUCCUUGCGAAGGAACAAUGUCUAUAUAUAUACUUGGUUCAGUUGUAUUUGAUGUUUAGUUUUGCCAUUGAAAUAAUAAUAACCCAAAAAUAUGUUGAACAGAUGA